AUGGACCCUUUCCAGUGCGCAAGCUCGUCUCAGAAACAUGGCGCUAUCAGAUGCCUUAGACCGGGCACCAAGGUCUGUAAAGGCUGCUACCUAGUAAUGUACUGUAGCAAGGACUGUCAGGCUGAUCACUGGCCGGUCCACAAACUUGACUGUAAGAAUCGCAUCCGAAAAUCGGACUGGCGUCCGGCAUGGGAAGUCGAACACCGUGUACCACAUUUCAUAGAUAACUCGGACGAAGAGCACACCCCUGUUGCGAUGUAUGGAGGAAACAAAUAUUUGUGGGGCAAUGUCCCGGCCUUGGACCUAUUGCAAUUAAAGGAUAAUGAGGGCGAGGGCUAUUGUCAGGAUCUCUCUCUUCUUUUGGCAGCAUCUGGGGACUUGAGGAAUUUAGUCAAGACCAUUGCAUCUCUCCCAGACAGGUACCGCGGACGCAUCCAUGUUGAUAUCAAUGACCGGGACGAGGCAGUUGUGGCACGAAACCUCAUAUUCCUCCUGGUGGCGUUCAAUUUACCCCCUGAUAUAGCCAGCGAAGCAAUCGUACACCUAUGGUACUCAGCCUUUCUGCCAGAGUCCCUUAUCGAAUCUAUCCGAAGCGCGGUCCGUCCGACUAUAAGGGAUUUCUUGGCAGCAAAACCAGUGCAGGCUGGGGGUCUCCUACAGACAACGUGGUCAUGUGGGAGUAGUACACUAGCCGCAGCACUCAGCAGAGCUGAGUGGGAUAGGGUUCUAUCUUACCUCCCAGAAUUACCGGAUAUCUCCUAUAAUAAAGCUGUUGUCUUGCAUAAGUCGGUCACCCUUGCCCAUAGCCGCCGAGAUUAUCGAGACAGAGCUUUGUUUCCGCUACAUCCUUCAUGGCGCCUUUCCGCCUGGAAGUUCCGAAGUGAUGGGAUAUUACUCCCAUUUGGGGCAUCCCGUGAAGACUUUAGGGUCCCUAAUCCUACGUUGUUCCAUAACGAACACCCUUGGCCAAUGCCGGAUUCCGCAGAUCCUCUGCAAGGGUGGACACUCGUCGAAGUCCUGCAAACUUCUUACGGUGCUAAGCAUGAUCUAUAUGGUCAGCUCUAUGUACACAUUAAGCGUGAUCUAGAGACGUUUUGUAAACGGCUACACAGCCUGAAGCUGAACAUAUCCCUUUUCAAGAAGGAUGCUAUGGAUUUGCCCGACAAAUUAGCCACACUCAGAGGCAAAGAAACUUUCUAUGAUCGGAUUGAGCUGGCCAACAUUGCCGACCUUGGAUACCUGGGACCAGCAAAAACGCUUGCAUUAUUUGGACCCCUUCUCAAAAGCAAGAAGGAAAACCCCAAAGCUACACUUGUCAUGUUAUUUCUUAAUGCCACUAGAGAGAUGUCCACCGCUAGAGAUCAGCUCAGCUGUAUGCCUCGUGCCAUGGACACGCUACAGCGCUUUCUGCCAAUGAGACCUAGGCAUGGAGACCCGGCCAAUAAAUACAACGCCGACUUUCUCAGCCAGAUGGAUGCUUUGGAUUUAUUUACGGAUAAUGAUACCCUCUUUGAAAGGCUUAUUGAGCGCUCUCGGUUCAGAGAUAUGGGUUGUUUUCUUGGUCUGGAGAUGAAGGCAGACAAUAGCAUCGUUGCGAAAUGGCCAAUGCGAUUGGGGGAGAAUCCUACACAGCAUGAGUUUGAAAUGGCCUUUUGGUCUGGGCAUACUGGUUGCGAAAGAUACGUUGAGUGGCACCGGGUUGUUUGA